CAUUCACAUGAAAAUUGCUUAUUUCAGUGGAAUUCCUGCGUUACAUAGAAAAUGAACGAUACCACUUAUGCAAUCGCAGGCUUUACUGUAGGUGUCCUUGGCACACUUGCUCUGAGAGGUAAGAUUUCCCACUUCUACAAUGUUGCGAAAGCUGCUGGGUCAUCGUUAGGAAAUUUAAAAAUGGUCAUAGUCAUGCGCACGGAUUUGCCCAUGACAAAUGGAAAGAUUGCUUCACAAGCCGCUCACGCAGCUGUGAGUUGUUACAAAGCAGCUAGUGAUUCCAAUCCAAGUUUGUUGAAAGCAUGGGAACUUCUAGGUCAGCCGAAAAUAGUUGUUAGAACGAACAGUGAUAAAGAGCUUAUCACAUUAUCGGAAAAGGCCAAGAGAAUGGGUGUCAUAAAUGUGUUGAUUCGGGAUGCAGGACGAACACAAAUUCCUGGCGGCUCCGUUACUUGUUUGGGGAUAGGACCAGAUAAAGCCAGUGUCAUUGACUCUAUAUCAGGGCAUCUACGCCUUCUCUGAUUCACUGAAUUCUUAAUUUUGAAUGCCAAGAAUUUAUUGUUGGAGGAGGAAAACAUGUAUCCAUCACAUAGAUGAGUUUGAAAGAUCUUCGAGUUUCAAAUGUGUAAAUUGUUAGAUUGUCUCAGUCAGCUUUAGUGGUAGGUUAUUAAUCUCGUAGCAGCUUUGGUUAAAACGUAACUUGCACUGUAGUUUUUUUUAAUUGGGUCGUUGCAGCUGAUAAAAACUUUAUUCAAUUAACCACCAUUGUAAAUCUAGGGCAUUCUUUUUUCUGCUUUUUACCCAUUUUGGUCAGGUUCUUUCUUCCCAGCAGUGUGGACUUAAGAAGAAGGGGCUUAACAAAGAUGUUUAAAUAAGAUAUAGGUGUGAACCUCUUUUAAAUUCAGAAUAACUAAUGAACCAUUAGAAAAGGUACAAAUUUAAGCAUUCUGGUAUGUUCCCUCCUCAAAAUGUCACGCAGAACAUGAUUCAUACGACAAAAAUUGCUCUCACUAAUUCCUAACCAAGAUCUUAACGUUUUUAUUCAGCACUGAUUACGAAAAAUUUGAACUUUCAACUCUGAAGAAAAACCGAAGCCUGCAUGAAUCAAACCACACUUUACAAAGAUUUUUGUUCCCUCCUUAAUGGAGCAACAUUCCUUCCCUGCCCUGUAUUGCUUGAAAAGUAAACAAAGAGCCACAGCUGAGCUGCAAUGCCAAGAUUGAGAAUGUUAUAUUAUCUUACCCUAGAGACUAUUACAGAAACGUUUUGUGUGCCAUUCAACUCCAUAGAGAAAAAAAAGGUGUUUCAUGAGGAUUGUGUACCCUGUGACGUU